AUGGCAGCACAACGCGGUGGAGGCGCCUCUGGCACAAAAUUCCGUCUGACCCUUGGUCUUCCCGUCGGCGCUGUCAUCAAUUGCGCUGAUAACAGCGGUGCCAAGUCCCUGUUCCUCAUCGAGCCCUUCGGCUUUGGUGCCCACCUUAACAGACUCCCCGACGCUGGUGUUGGUGACAUGGUUGUCGCCUCUGUGAAGAAAGGAAAGCCUGAGCUGAGGAAAAAGACUAUGCCCGCUGUUGUCAUCCGUCAACGCAAAGCAUGGCGCCGGAGAGAUGGCGUGUUCCUCUACUUCGAGGACAACGCUGGCGUCAUCGUCAACCCCAAGGGCGAAAUGAAGGGCUCCGCCAUCACUGGACCCGUGGCUAAGGAAUGCGCGGAUCUGUGGCCCCGUAUUGCUUCCAACGCUGGAACUGUUGUCUGA